AACAAGAAGAAAACAUUAUUUUGAGUGGAGAGGGACUUUAAGAUACAUAAUGAUAUUAUUAGCUAAAUGCCACGUACAUAUAUGGAAAUUUAAUGGAUCCAAACAAGUCACAUUUGAAGCUUCUAUUAACAAAAACAGUCAAAACCUUAUUUUUGUCGAACUGAAUUUGUCUAAAUUAGAUAAACAAUUGGGGGGGGGGGAUUUGUUUCUACAUAUGUUUUAUAUGCAUUUUUGUAGGUUAUUUGACAAAUUGUGGAAAAAGUCGAGCAUAAUAUUAACUGUGGUCACUUUAUAGACUAUUAACAGACAAAGAAAAAAGCUGUUUUAUAGACAACAAUAGUGUAAAUUUUGAAUCCCAGUUGCUUAAUUUCAGAAUCCAUCCUUAUACCUUAUAUCUGGUAUUUGUUUGUUUAUUUGUAUUUUACUUGGUCUUCAUUAUUUUCUUGUGUUUUAAAUGCUGCUCUCAGGCAAUAUCCUCGCUGUGUAAAACACAUUUCCUCUGUGUUUGAAACUUGUCUUUCCUUGUGGAGCAGCCUUCCUAACCAUCUGAGGGCAGCACCGGCUCAAAAAGCUUUUUAUUCAGGAAGGUUCUUUUCAUCUCAACUCUUCAUCUUAUAUGUUUUAAUAAUGUAGCCCUUUGAGAUUCACUGCAAAAACUGCAGUACAAACAACAGUACAUUAUUACAAAACCAAAACUAAACUACCAAGACCUUCCUUUUCAGUCAAGCAUUUUCUUAAAUGAACACAACAUAUUUGUACAGUAUGUAUGUGUGUAUGUAUGUAUGUAUGCAUGGAUGUUUCUGUUUAUAAGCACAUGUUUUGCUGUAAAAUAGGAAUAGAAUUAAUUAUUAUUAUUUUUAGUAGUAGUAGUAGUAGUAGUAGUAGUACUAAACAUCCUAAUAAAACGUGCAUAACAGUUUUUGCAUAAUCAUUUUUCUCUAAGAAAAAAACAAUACAAACUGGAUUGAUCAUCUAAAAUCAGGCCAUAGAUAAUUUACAGCGCAAGCAGAAUGUGAUCUGAGGUGUUCAUAAAUAAUAUUACUAUUCUAAAGGUCAGAUUAAAGCAUAUUUGCAUCAUCUGAGUCCAGCUGUGAGGACAACUUAUUACUACAAUAAUGUCCCAUCCCUCAUCAGCUCUGGCACUCAGACUCUGUGUGGUGGUGAUAAGCCAUGUGUUGUUGGCCACAGUAAUCAGCAGUCAGAUCCUCCUGAGCUCAUCCUAUCUGCUCUCUGUGCGUGCGCGCGUGCGUGCGUGUGUGUGUGUGUGUGUGUCGUGCUGUGUGACUCGGCCUCUCAUUGGCUGUCAGCGGACACCCGGAGCGGGUCGCUCUCCUCGGUGCUGAAAUCGCUGCUGCUCGUCGUGAUAAUGUAAACGGAGAUGAGGCCAAACACAAAGCGAGCCAAUAAACACCAAAAAUGGACGAUGAUCUGUUCCAACUGAGACAGCUGCCUGUUGUCCGCUUCCGUCGCACAGGUGAGAGCACACGCUCUGAGGAUGAUGGCGAGAAUCGAGAGCAGGUUGUUAGGAUUCCAGAGCAACAGACUGAUCAGGAGUCUGUGGCACUUGCAGAUGGAGCUCCGGUACCUCGAGAGUUUGCAAAUCCAACUGAUGACACAUUCGUGGUAGAAGAUGCCGUAGAGGCCAUAGGCUUUGGGACAUUUCAGUGGAAACUCUCCAUCCUCACUGGUCUGUCCUGGAUGGCUGAUGCGAUGGAGAUGAUGAUCCUCAGCAUCUUAGCCCCACAGCUACACUGUGAAUGGAGACUACCAAGCCUCGAGGUGGCACUGCUUACAUCGGCGGUGUUUAUUGGAAUGAUGCUCAGCUCUUCCCUUUGGGGAAACAUAUCUGACAAGUACGGAAGAAAGACAGGUCUGAAAAUGAGCGUGUUGUGGACCAUGUUCUACGGCCUGAUGAGUGCUUUUGCACCUAUUUAUGGCUGGAUCCUCUUCCUCCGUGCACUGGUGGGCUUUGGCAUUGGAGGAGCACCACAGUCGGUGACACUGUAUGCUGAAUUUCUACCUAUGAAGUCUAGAGCCACGUGUAUUUUGCUGAUCGAGAUAUUUUGGGCGUUGGGCACUGUGUUUGAGGUCCUCUUAGCAAUCCUGGUGAUGCCCUCUCUGGGCUGGCGUUGGCUGCUCGGCCUCUCUACAAUUCCUCUCUUCAUCUUUGCCAUCCUAUGUUUUUGGCUACCAGAGAGUGCUCGAUAUGAUGUGCUGACAGGAAAUCAGGAAAAAGCUCUGGCCACAUUGAAGCGCAUUGCCACAGAGAACAAAGCACCCAUGCCGCUAGGAAAACUUAUUGCUGCUAGACAGGAGGAUCGCGGGAAGAUUCGAGACUUGUUUUCAUCCCACCUUCGCUGGACCACAAUUCUGCUGUGGUUUAUUUGGUUUGCAAAUGCCUUCUCCUACUAUGGAUUGGUGCUGCUCACCACAGAGCUGUUUCAGGAAGGGGGUGCAUGUGGAAUGUCCAAAGGUAAUAAGAUGGAGCUCCGAUGCAGCUUGGAGUGUAAAUAUCUGAACUCUGAUGACUAUAAAGAUCUGUUGUGGACGACCUUAUCUGAAUUCCCAGGACUGCUGGUGACACUGUGGGCUAUUGAUCGAUUGGGAAGGAGGAAGACCAUGGCGCUGUGUUUCUUGGUCUUCUCUAUGUGCAUCAUCCCACUCUACGGUUGUGUCGGGAGAGUAUCCAUGACCGUGUUGAUAUUCAUCGCCAGAGCUUUCAUCGCAGGAGGAUUCCAGGCCGCCUACGUGUACACUCCAGAGGUGUAUCCAACCGCGACCAGGGCUUUAGGUCUGGGAACAAGCAGUGGAAUGGCCAGAGUCGGUGCCCUCAUUACACCUUUUGUUGCACAGGUUAUGUUGGAGUCCUCUGUAUACCUGGCUCUGUCCGUGUACUGCUGCUGCUGCCUCCUUGCUGCCAUUGCCUCCUGUGCACUGCCAAUUGAGACAACGGGUCGGGCCCUGCAGGAGUCCAGCCAUCGUGAGUGGGGCCAGGAGAUGAUGGGCCGGGCCUCCUCCCAAAGCUCAGGGCGAAUCCCUAACUCCAGCUCCGGUUCCCAGGGCUGAGGACGUACCGGCUGGAGUACAACCAAGAGGUGACCGCAGUGGUGAAAAGAGGCAAGGAGAGGCCAAAAAAAGCUAGAUCAGCUUUCUGUGUCCAUCUCCAGUCCCAUCCUAUGACCCUUCCGUUUAGGCACCACAGUGGCUUCAGAGGCCAGGCAGCACAAUAUUUUUUACAUGUCACUGUAAUUAUUGUCUUCGAUCACCAUUGCUGUCACAAUUUUGCCACUGUUUAACCUCACGCUGGGUGAUUGGGAAGACGAAAUUGCCUACAUGAGUGCAAGAUUGAGUAAUCGAAUAGUGGGAGACAAGUGAAACCUUCUUGAACAAGUGAGAAUUUAAAUACUUUAAGUGAAGUAUUUGAAUCCUGCUUUUCUAAAGCAAGAGACGCAAAGGAGAAUAAAGGGUCACCCUCUUUAUUAAGUGUUAAAAUAGCUUCAAACAACUAACUACUUUUCAGAAAGCCUUAAACUACCUAUUCUGUCAUUGAGAGACCUACUCUUUACCUUAUGAAACAGCUGCUUUAGGUGUGUAGAUGAGAAAGAGAAUUAUCUUGUGCACACAAAUUGCCUGUUAAGACACACUGAUUACAAACUCAGUUUUAUAAGAAGUGCAUUGCUGGAGUGAAGAGGAGAUCCACAUCAACAGAUCAUUAAAUUAAAUCAAAGACCGUGAAGGUGCGAGUUGUUAUAAAAGGACAAACUGUACAGUAAGUCAGUGACUUGCUGGCAUUCCUUCUUCCUGUGUUUAAGUGUUUUCUGUUUUUAUGUGAGGCCCAGUAGUAUAUUUGUUGUUCCCUGAAGAAAUGAGGCCAGUAUUAUUCCCGUAGUAAUAAACAAAGGUCAACGUAUGUCUUGAUCAUUUUGUGGUAAUUUUAUUUACAACAAGCAGACAAAUCUGCCUUCAUCAGAGCAUCAAUGUGCUGUCCACAGUAUCUCAUAUUUAUAGCACAAGGUGGAAGAAGUCCACAAAUCCUGCAUUACAUUGGAAAACAUUAUGCAAUUUGAAGUAUUAGGAGAUUCAAAAAAGAGUAUUUUCAUCAAAUCAUCACCCAAAACUUAUUCAACUUAGAUAGUUAGAAUUCAAUGAUUUAAAAAAUUGACAUUAACAUGAGUAUAUGGUGGUAGGAUCUAUAAACUAUUCUGCAUCUACCACUCUACGUUAACAACACAUAUAGACAUGCAACACAUCGACCAUUUAUCAGGAUGUUACAUUCUGUCUUUCUGUAAAUAAUGUAUCAUUACCUGGUUUAGUUGUUGUCUUUGCUUUUGUUUGUAACAAAGGUGAUGUGGAGACAGACUUUGCCUAGUCUGAUUCAAUGAGUAAACACACUGAGCAAAGUUUUAUUUAAAAAAAAAAAAAAAAAGAGAGAGA